CGCGCGCGCGCGUGCGCACAACUUCGAAGCGAUACUCCACAAAUAUAGUGACUCUAGUUCGCUCCAGAUUGAUGUAACCACUAACCAUAACGUCCAUAACCAUUGUGCCAAACAACAACUAACAAGGCACCCGGAGGCACCGACGAGUAACGUGAUGUGUUAAAAGUGAAAAAAAAACAGAGAAAUCUAACAAUGAGUAAGGAAGCACGAAUUCCUCCGCCUGAAAUGGCGCAAUAUCGCGAGCGGUUAAUGAACCAGAAGGAAUUUCUGACUGAUGUACUAGCUAAGAUUGAAAAACAAAUACUUGCUUUACAGGUUGAACGAUUACAUUUAAGAAACACUCUACUUGGCUCAUAUUCUGUACGAGAAAUACUUCCAGAUACAUCAACAAAAAACAAGCGUGUUAAAACAGAGCGAGAUGAUCCAAAAAAUCUAACAGAACAGUUAGAUUUAUCUGUAGCAACAUCGCUAAAUAAUUGUGAAGAAGAAACUGAAGAUGACGAUAUUGUCCUUUGAUGUAAUAUAAAUAAAUGAUAGAAAAGCUUUAUUUAAUUUACUGUGAUUAGACUAUGCUAAUAAUUAAUAUAACAUCUCUUAAUGCCAAAUCUUUAGAGUAUACAAAUUAUAUAUAAAUUUAUAAAAUAUUUCGUAAUAAAAUUCACUAUAACAUUA